AAAAGCUAGCGGCGCCGACCGUGCGUGCGUGCGCGCGCAUAUAUACGACAGGUGAUGUGGCCAUCGAGGCAGUGAUCGCUAGGCACGAAGCCGGCCUUGGCAUAACCGCAAGCGAGCGCGUCGUCAUGGAGGAGAGCACCGAGGCCUCGCCCAGCACCGCGUCGACCGCUCCGCCUAUGCAGGCCUGGCCUACGUCCCGCCCACGGCGAUGGACGCCAUGAGGAGGACGCAGGCGGAGAACUCCAGGAACGUGGUGGCCCGCGCGCUCGACGUGUGCAGGCAGAAGCAGGCGAGCGUCACGGCGGCGGUGGUGGAGGGCGACGCCAAGGAUGCGAUCUGCCAGGCCGUGGAGGACAUGCGCGCCGACUUGCUCGUCCUCGGCAGCCGCGGCCUGGGCAUGAUCAAGAGGGCGUUUUUGGGCAGCGUGAGCGACUACCUCGCCCAUCACGCGCGCUGCCCCGUUCUCAUCGUCAAGCCGCCCAACAAAGCCCGCCAUGAGGGGUGGAAAGGAGAUGAGAAAUGCCCAUUUUGUGAGCGUGAAGAAAAAAAACCCCACAAGAAGUGACAUGAUGAAGGCAGGAGUGAAGCAGGUUGGUGAAGUGGCUGAAGAAGUGUUUAGAGCAGCACAUGGGUGGCGCCUGGAGACUAGAAGAAUCAUGGGAUGACCAAAAAGUUCAAGUCUUUCCCAGGACCGUGCUGCUGCGACAGAUGCUUAAAGAGGCUUCAAGAUCAUCAUGUUCUCUGCUUCUCCUUCUAUCUUCUGGUUUCUCCUUGGGGAGCAAUAAAUUUCUGUAUGAUAAGCAGUUUGUAUGCCGCUCUAGAUACUUUUAUGUCGUUACAACUGUGUUGAAAA